GAUGAAAGACAUUUCCGAUCAGGGAAAGGAACGACCGACCGACCGAGAAAUACAGACGCAAUCGGAAAAUCGAUCGUUUACGGGAGAGAUGUCGGUGCAGGACCGGGCAGCGGCGGCGCUGCUGACGCAGAUAGCUUUGACGGCGGACGGUGCGCUGUUUGGAUUAGGUCUUGCAUACGUGGCGUACCGAAGCACCCGUAGAUAUAUUGCUACGUCAUCUGCCAUCCGCAAAAUUCGCCAGGCUCCGGCGGUGCAGCCGUCGGACCUCCGUUCCAUCCUUCCACAUGACAGUGAUUGUGAGAAAUCUCAUCUGGAGGAAAGGAAUGGUGCUAAUUCGGAUAGUGACGGUAGUGACUUGGUGAUUGUUAGGGGUACCGUGGAGGUGAAAUCUGCUGUGGAGAAGGGGAGUUGGAGGAGCUUGCUGGAUGGGAAUUUGGUUGUUUCUCAGGAGUCUGGAGAAGUGGGCGUUAUAUUGCAGCGUACGCAGAGAUGCAUAUACAAUGAAUGGAGGGGUCUCUUUGGAUGGACUGCUGAUCUGCGCUCCAUGCUUUCGAAAUCCUGGAAAGAUCAAGAGUCAACCUCAACAAGAAUGGAAUUUUCUACUCAGGUCCCUUUCAUUCUUGUUGAAGAUGCGAAGCGGCCUCAAUCAGGUCACGUUGUUGUCAACAUGGAAGGAUCCAGUCAUCCACUGCCUCUCACAACAGUUUAUCAGCACUUGCAGCCUACAAAUUCAUCUCCUUUCAUAUUUCUACAAGCUCUAUUUGGUAUCGACUAUCCUGUUGGACUGCUUUAUGAGGAGAAAAUACUUCCUCUUGGGAAGGAUAUAACAGCUGUUGGCUUUUGCAAAUUCAAGAACGGCAUCCCUGAGAUUAAAUCGUGCAGCAGUCUUCCUUAUUUUCUAUCUGAUUUGACAAAGGAUCAAAUUCUGGCCGAUCUUUCCUUCAAAGCUAAAGUGUUGCAAUGGAGCGGAAUUAUUUUUGGGUCGGUCGCCGUUACUCUCCUUGGCUAUUCUGUUGCAAGGAAUUGGAUGAGAUGGAAAGAGAGGAGACGGCGCCAGCAACGGAGUAAUCCUACUCCUACCGACGAUCAAGCUCCGGCUGAGAGUCUAUCAGAUGAAGAGGCAGGAGACAUACCCGACGGCCAACUUUGCGUGAUAUGUCUGACAAGAAGGCGACGAUCUGCCUUCAUCCCUUGUGGGCACCUGGUUUGCUGUCCGGGUUGCGCCCUAGAAGUCGGGGUUGAAGUGUCGCCCAAGUGCCCGGUAUGCAGGCAGUCUGUAAGAAACUCUGUAAGAAUCUAUGAUUCUUGAGGAAGAUGGAUAAGAAAUGUUGUAGCUGGGGAAAAAAAAAUAAAGGAAUAGUAAUAUUGCUUCCGGUGUUGUAGAUUUGCCAGCCGCCAGGUGGUUCUGAAUCGGCGGUUUUUUUGGGGGGGGUUGAACCGAACCGUGAAUAAACCGGAACCGAAGCUGAAUUUUACAAGGCUUGGUUUCGAUUCUACUAGUAUGUUGCAUGGAACUGUAAACGGACUGUUGAAUCGAACUGUUUAGACCGGUUUGCUAUCUUUUUUUAGAUUAUUGAA